AUGGUCUUCACGCCUCCCUCAUGGGUUCCAAAACUUCAAGGUGCGUAUAUGUCCCCCAAGGUACAAGAAAUGAUGCUUACACCUGGUAAUCUAGACCCCCCGGACUCGAUCCCAAUCAGCGAAUUCAUGUUGGAUGAAAAACACGGAAGAUGGCCCCUCAAAUCCUCCCGAAACCCCUUCACAUGCGGGAUUUCCGGCCGGACAUAUACAGCUGCAGAGCAAGUUGACCGGGUCGAGCUUCUUGCGCGAUCUUUGUCGAAAAUAUUCGGAUGGCAACCGAAUCAGGGGACAGAGUGGGAUAAGGUCAUUGCAAUAUUUGCUUUGAACACGGUCGAUUCGAUGACUUUGGCAUAUGCCGUCCACCGACUUUCUGGCAUUGCAACGCCCGCCAAUGCCGCGUAUUCUGCUUCCGAGUUGGAAUUUCAAUUAAAGUCAUCUGGCGCAAAGGCAAUUUUUACGUGUAUACCCCUGCUCGACGUAGCAUUGCAAGCCGCAAAAGCUGCCGGGAUUCCUAAUGACCGAAUUUACAUUCUAGAAAUGCCCAAGGAAUUUACAGGCGAUAUAUCACAUCCAUUCAAGACUGUUACGCAGCUCAUUAUUGACGGAGCGCGACUUCCAAAUUUGGAGCCUUUGAGAUGGGAGAAAGGUCAGGGCGCAAGACAAACAGCAUAUCUCUGUUAUUCGAGUGGAACAUCUGGUUUGCCCAAAGGAGUCAUGAUUAGCCACCGAAAUGUAAUUUCAAAUGUCCUACAACUUACAGCCUAUGAAGCUCCAGUCAGGAGGAAGAGGCCCGCCAAAGACAGAACUGAGGUCAGCUUGGCAUUGCUACCCCUGAGCCAUAUUUACGGCUUAGUAGUCAUUGCUCACACUGGCACAUACCGCGGCGACGAAGGGAUCAUCCUUCCAAAGUUCGAGUUGAGCUCGUACUGGAAUGCUAUUCAGCAAUUCAAGAUUAAUACACUGUUCUUGGUGCCUCCCAUCAUCAUUCAGAUGGCCAAAAAUCCGUCAGCAUGCUCGAAAUACGACCUCAGCAGUGUAACAGGUAUCUUCACAGGUGCUGCACCCCUCGGUGCAGAAACAGCCCAAGUGCUCCAACAGAUUUAUCCCUCGUGGAAAAUUAGACAAGCCUAUGGGUUGACCGAAACCAGCACUGUUGUCUGUUGUAGCUCCGAAGACGAUAUCUGGUUCGGCUCGAGUGGCUCCCUAGUUCCCGGCAUGAACGCAAAGAUCAUGUCUAUUGAAGGUGUCGAACUCACGGGCUACGACCAACCUGGCGAGCUCGUGGUGCAGUCUCCAUCUGUGGUUAUAGGCUACCUGAAUAACGAGAAAGCGAACAUCGAGACAUUCCUCGAUGACACGGAUGGUAAAGGCAGAUGGAUGCGAACAGGUGAUGAAGCUGUGAUUCGCAAGGCACCAUCGGGCAAUGAGCACGUUUUUAUCGUCGAUCGUAUCAAGGAGUUAAUCAAAGUCAAGGGUCACCAAGUCGCACCCGCAGAACUCGAAGCCCAUCUCCUAACCCACCCGGCAGUAGCAGACUGCGCCGUUAUCCCCAUCCCCGACGACGCAGCAGGCGAAAUCCCUAAAGCUUUCGUCGUCAAGUCCUCGUCGGUCGGACUCGAGGAGAAUGAUCGUAUGGUUGCGAGAGAUAUUGCUAAGCAUGUUGAGGAGCAUAAGGCGAGGCAUAAGUGGUUAAAGGGUGGCGUGGAGUUUUUGGAUGUUAUACCGAAGAGUCCUAGUGGGAAGAUCUUGAGGAGGCUUUUAAAAGAUAAGGAGAAGGAGGCUAGAAGGGCGAAGGGCGCAAAGUUGUAA